ACAAAAAACACAAAAAUCCGCACACAAAACAAACAACAUCCAAACACUAUCACAUUUAUCGCCAAUGACAGGAAAGAUAAUAUGAACAAGAGGGUAUUAUUUAUUAUACUACUACAGCUACCUAGAUCUGUGCCUAACUGGUGCAUAAUAUUAAAAAAAAAAAAUCUGUACAUUGUUAUUCAAUUCAUGACCGCAGUGUUUUGACAGGCGAAGUGCGACGUCGCGCACUAUAGAAUACCUGACACAGGUAUUGAUUUCGAGGUUUCUUUCUGUAUUACGUACUUGCUAUACCGAGUACUUGUGUGUCACCGCGACACUGGCUUUCAAUAAGAUACUCGUGUUUUUGUGUGGGUGUGUUUACUAAAAGAUUCGACGUCACGGCGCGCGGGAUUGUUAGUCCGUCUUUACCUAGCACAAUUUCACAAUCGCUGUCUCCUGGUUCUUACCAACAUCCGUAGAAUAUAAACAAGUCUUUUCUCGAGUUAUUGUGGAAGAAAUACUUUAAAUUUUCUGAAUUUUGUGAGGAAAAAAAAAAUAUUGCGUUUCUGGAACAUACCAUGAUGUUUUGGAACGUAUCCGGUGUUUCUGGAAUGAGCUGUAAAAUUCCAUGGGAUUUGCAGAGCAUAAUGACGUUUUGAAAUCUAUUCUGAUCUUUUAGAACAUACCGUGACGUUUUGGAACACGUUUUAUUGGAAUAUUAUAUAUUCUGACGUACUGAAUAAUAGCCCGACGUUUUGCAACUAGUCCUGAAAUAUAUACUGAAGUAUAGGCCUACCUUGAUGUAUUAUAACAUACCCCGAUGAUUUGGAACAUGCUGUGGUUCAUAUUUGAGUUUUCGUAAACGCGAAGACAGGAAGGGAAAAAAACAACAACAACAAAAACAACAACAAAGACAAAGACAACAAUAACAAUAAUAACAAAAACCUAAAUAAAAAAUUGUUGAUAUUUUGGCGCCCACCCGGUAAUAUUUCAAAGUUCAUCUUCUCUUUAAACUGUAAGUUAGACACUUACUUUUAAGACCGUUAAACCAAAGUGAGAUUCUAGUACUUGAACUAUUUAACACGAAAUGCUUUCCUGUCUGUGGGAAAGUGCAUAUAAAAGAUCCCUUGCUACAUUACGAAAAAAAUGUAGCGGGUUUCCUCUGAUUACUACGAGUGAGAAUUACCAAAUGUUUGACAUCCAAUAACCGAUGAUUAAUUAAUCAAUGUGCUCCAGUGGUGUCGUUAAUCAAAGCAAACUUUAAAAAAAAAGUUUGUUUAACACGAACGACUUAAACUAUUCUACACCCGUGAACAUCUAAAGACAGAAAACAAGAUCUAGCGUCACAUGUCUUUCAAAGCAGAUUCUAUAUUGCCAAGACCCAACCAGUAACAUAGCAUGACUGGCGUUUGCCAUCAUGACAGUAUAAUCAUUUCACCUUCAAUUCGUGACGGCCAUGUUUGAUGGAUCAUCAUUUGUGACAAGAUUACUACGCCGUUAAGUUGACAGUUGGGGUUCUUUUUACGAUGACGACACACUGGCCAAUGCUUCAGUCGAUCGCAAGGUGUCAAGUGCCAGCGGUAAAUCGGCGUGAUGUGAAGGAUAAACCGGUCUGUCCAUACAUCAGCGUCAGUCCAUUGUCGUGGUCGUGUUAAUAACUGUAAAACAGCUGUGUGGGAUAUACGUUUAAGUGUACCAACUGAGGAUGCCCUGCGGUUGCGCCUCCACUAAUAGUACUGGAACAUGGAUGAACGGCAGUAUGUCACAGAAGCUAAUUCGAGACAUGGACGAUAAACCGGCAGGGGUUCAACCCAGGAAAAGACGAAAACCGAUUGGAAUUAUUGGAACCGGAAACUACGGAAGAGCACUCGCAAAAAGACUCGUUUUCUCUGGCUAUGACGUCAUUAUUGGAAGCAGACGACCGCAGUUCCGGCAACUCUCCACGUACGACAAAUGUCUCUGUGACGUAGAACUGACAGACAUUGUGGAUUGCGUGAAGAGAUGUGAUGUCCUCUUCGUCGCAAUCCACGCCGAGAAUUUCAAAGUGACUUUGGAAUCCAUCAGUGACGAGUUUGACGGGAAAACGGUCAUUGACGUGUCAAACCGAGACAGCUGCCUGUCGAGGACGUCCAACACCGAGUAUCUCUCUUCUCUGAUAAAAGACGCCAAGGUUGUCAAAGCGUUUAACGUGAUUUCUUCAUUCGUCAUGGAGAACGACAUCGCCGGGGGAAGCAGACGCGUUUUCGUGGCUGGAGACGAUCCGACGGCUCGCGAUGACGUCUGCAACCUAGCACGUGACAUGGGUUUCGCGCCAAUCGUCAUAGGUGGCGCGGCUUCUGCUCAGAAGAUCGAGGCUUUCGUUUUACAGCGCUUUCCGGGAUGGAAAUGUCCGAUCUUCAUAACGUUUGGCAUUUUUAACUUGUGGUUGUUGUAUGUCGUGUACAUUUACUUCAUCGACAAAACAGCGUAUCGGUGGGACCAGAUCUUCGUCAAAGUGCUCAACAAGCCACUGUGCAUGACGGCCAUUACUGUGAUGGCUCUAGUGUACAUGCCUGGGUGUCUGUCGGCCUUUCUGCAGCUGGUGAACGGCACGAAGCACAAACAUUUUCCAAAAUGGAUGGAUUCGUGGCUGAGGUACAGAAAGCAGUUUGGGGUGAUCUGUUUCGUUCUCGUCUCAACGCACGUAAUCAUGUCUGUGUUGCUGAUGAGCCCCACCUACUAUAGCUCCUGGUUUCAGAGUCCAGCCAUCCACAUCCCGCGUAACACGAGCGAAGACCUACAUCUACCAAUGAAAGUCUGGAUGACGUGGAAGGGCGAAGCCGCCUGCCUCGUAGGCAUUGUCGCUUACGUCAUGCUGUGCGUCACCGCAAUAACCACACUACCUUCAGUCGCGGACACGCUCAACUGGCGGGAAUGGCGUCUGCUUCAGUCGAAGCUGGGUCACGUCAUUCUGGUGCUUUCUGUCACUCACGUGAUCGUCAUGGGCGCGCCAGGGUGGAUUAAAGAAAACUCCGCGAAGAUAAUACAGUCCAUAACAUUUCUCAGUAUAAUCCUACCAACGAUCGUUCUGUUGAUGAAGUUUAUUUUACUCCUGCCGUACGUGAGCUCGUACGUGAGGAAGAUUCGACGCGGCUGGGAGAGAAACCCGAAUCCAGUUGUGUCUGGGAACCGGAAAGGAGAGGAAUACGUCGUGUUACACUGCGACGACCGCCCCAAGGCCAGGUGUGGUGGCAACGCAAGAUGUGGAUGUGGACAAAGUACUAGGCGAGCGCCAGUAUCGAGAGUAAUUCCGACUCCGUGUUGCGGAUGCUCUGUUGUAUAAUACGAGACAAGGCCCAGAGUCAACAUUGUUGCAGCUAUCUUAUACAGGGAGAGAGAGAGAGAGAGAGAGAGAGAGAGAGAGAGAGAGAGAGAGAGAGAGAGAGAGAGAGAGAGAGAGAGAGAGAGAGAGAGAGAGAAUGGGUGGAGAUAGAUAGAUA